AUGGAGACCCCUGAGGUCAUGGAGACCCCAAGGUCCUCCACCACCACCAGGACAGUCUGGUCCUCCAGCACCCCCAGCACACCAUGGUCCUCCAGCACCCCCAGCACACCAUGGUCCUCCAGCACCCCCACACCACCAGGACACCAGGGUCCUCCAGCAGCACUGGGACACCAUGGUUCCCUGGCACCAUAG